AUGGGGCCCAAGCAGCGUGUCGAGAACGCGCAGCCUUGGAAGUGCAAGUGGUGCGUGCACAAGCCCACUGGGACUGCUUGGAUCAAUCGGGCUGAUCACAAGUGGUGUGCGCUUUGCAACUUGCCCAAGGGGUCGGCGUUCGGAGGGGUGCCGCAGCCCAAGGUCCCAGUGGUGCGCAGCCCUGCUUUGCAGUCUCAGCGGGAGGUUGCCCUGGAGCGUCAGCUUGCCGACCUUCAACGCCAGUUGCAGCAGCUGCAGCAGCCUGCGGCCGACACUGGCACCGCAUCCGCUCCUGUUCCGCCCUGGGCCACUGAGUCCAGUCCUCAGGCUGCACGGCGCACACGGCUGGCUGAGAUUGGCAACAUUCUCAAGUCCCUGGGGACCGCCGACGCUGACUACCGUGCCAAGCUGCUGGCGGAGCGCACGGCUUUGCAGGAGCAAUUGCAGUCCGAGAAGCCACUUGAGAGCAAUGUCAUUGCCCAGAAUCGGAAGGUUACCGAAGCUCGCAAGAAGAAGGCAAACUGUGCUGCCAAGGUCCAGGCAGCAAGGGAUGCUGUCGAGAAGGCCAAGGACGCCCUGGCCAAGGCUGAGGCCGCUGAGACCGAGGCGGCCACCAACCUGCUCUCCCUGGAGAACGAGCUUCGAGACAUCGUGGCGCGUGGUCUUCCUGUCGGAGGUGAGGCGAAGCCGCCCACGCUCAGUACCGUCAUCCCUGGCCUCAAGACAACCGUGUCUCAGCUGGGCGAAGUGCUGCAAUCUCUUGGUGGCUCUGAACGUUUCGCUGCUGGCAUGCAGGCAAUGGCGGAGUUGGUCGCUAAGUUGGAGCAGGAACCAGCAGCAGCCCAGCAGCCACCACCUCCUGCAGCUGAGCCCGAGGACCAGGCCGAGGAGGAUGAUGAGGAGAUGGCCGUCGAUCAAGAAGAAGAUGCUCACAAGCACAUCGACGAGAUGGAUGCGCCCACUUGUCGUGAGCACCUUCGUAGCUGCGGGCUUGAGGUACCCGCGCCUGGCGAUGUGGAUGAUGACGACGAAGCUCCUGUGCUGCGUGAUCGUCUCAAGAGGCACUUGGCCAGCGCCCAGAGCCUCGCCAAGAAGAUCAAGGCCACCGCGAAGUUUACCUACGUGUGCGACGCCUACGGUGCCUGCGGCGGCAGGCAUUCCAUCAGCUUCGUCAUCGUUGUCGAUUUCGACGGGCUGCGGGCCCCCUGCGAAGGACCGCCGUGCGAGUUCUCUGGGCCUGGGAUCGGCUGGAGGGGAGCCUGCGAGUACCUCUUCGACCUCGGCCACGCGCGGACCUACGCGGAGUGCUCGGUCAUGGCUGUCCAGGAGACGCAUGUAGACCAGGAGCACUUGGCUGACAAGCAGCACGCCAUGCUCGACGCGGGCUGGAAAGGCCUGUGGGCACCGGCCAUACGCAGUGAUAGUGGCGCUGGCACUACAGGUGGAGUGGCUGUCUUGGUUCCCUCGCACAUCACGGCCACGGCCCCGCCGCAGUGCGACAGCCACAUAUUGAUUCCAGGACGCGCUGUGGCCUGCCACGUGCGAUGGGGAUUGCCAGGAGGACUUGUGGUCAUCUCGGUGUACCUCAAGGAUGGCGAGGGACUUGGUGCGACCAACUGCUCGCAUGUCUGGGCCCUCGUGCAAUACGUGUGCAGGCUGAACGCGCUCCAGAUGCCCUGGAUCAUUUGCGCGGACUGGAACAUGGAGACCGACGAGCUCAACAAGUCAGGCUGGAUGGAGGCAGUGAGUGCCCUUGCAUAUGUUUCUGCCCUGCCCAGCUGCAGGCACUCUCAGCCUGGCUCUUUUAUUGAUUUCUUCGUGGCUAGCAGCAUGCUAGCGGCUCGAUUGCACAAGCAGGUUUUGGUAGAUGAGGAGGCCUCCACUUACCCUCACCUCCCCAUCUCCAUAGGCUUCGCCGCGUCUGAUACCCCGAUGUGGGCCAGAGUCCCCGAUGAGCCCAAGCCUUUCCCUGCGGUGCCCCCUGUCGGGUGCGCGAGGCCCCCUGUAUACCCUUGGACGGCCGUGCUGGAAGUUGCGGGCCCCAAGCUUUUGGCCCAUGGUGAUCUCGCGGGGCUCUGGGACCUGGUCAUCUCGGGGAUCGAAUUCGAGCUGCCCUCUAGAUGGGACCGCAUGGAGGCUCGCACGUACAAGGACCCCAGCACCAAGGCUUGGGCCACGGCCUUGGGCUGGGCAAAGCACCUUGGCAAAUGCAGGCAGUUUCUCGCCAAGGAGGUGGCAGCCCUCCAGGAGUGUGCAGCCAUAUGUGAUUUGACUCCCAACCAGCAUUUCAAGUUACUGCGUGCGCUAGCCGAGGCCUCCAAUUUCAUGAUCAAG